CCACUUCCUACUUCCUGCAAAUACUCAAUAUUCCGGGGUUUGUAUGCGGUGGAUGAACUCAGAGCUUUACUGAUAUUGAUGAAUUAUCAUGGCUGCUAUCACUCCUGCUUCGGCUACAGAACCCCCUGGAUUAGAAACCCAACGGCGAGAGAUCGAGACCAUUGUACAGAAUCAUGAACUCCGAGCUGGGGAUAGUUGGUAUUUGGUGGAAAGGAGAUGGUUUGAGCAGUGGAAAGAGUAUGUAAAAACUGGAGAUCAGAACUCUUCUUCCUUUCCUGGCCAGAUUGAUAACACAGAACUCUUUGAGGAUUUGGAUUCAUACCACCUGAAGGAGCGUCUGGUGGAGAACGAGGACUUUAUGUUGAUCCCAGCCGAGGCUUGGCACCAGUUAUUGGCCUGGUAUGGCCUCGUGGAUGAUCAACCUGCAUUAGAGCGAAAGGUCGUGGACCUACCCAGCACUGUAAAAGUGGAGGUCUACCCUGUGGAGAUCUUCCUGUGUCUACACAGCAACAUGGACAAUGUUGUGACUGAGCAGUUCAGCAGAGUAGACACCAUACAGACCAUUGAGAAGGUGAUGAGGAAGCAGUUUGACGUCGCCGAGAGCGCUGAGACCCGGCUCUGGAUGAAGAGCUCUGACACAAGCUGUGAGCGUCUGCGAAACAUUUAUGUCUCUGUCCUCGACUCCUGCCUCAGCACUGGGAUGACGGUGAUCAUGGAGAUGAGAAAUGCAGACGGGACCUGGCCCAGUUCCAGGCCUCAGAUAAUGAGGAACUCUGUGGAGGAGCAGGACUCGUACAGGGGACAACCAGGGGUGUGCGGUCUGACCAACCUGGGUAACACCUGCUUCAUGAACUCUGCCCUCCAGUGUCUCAGUAACACACCCCCAUUGACUGAGUACUUCCUCCGCAACGCGUACCUCGAGGAGCUCAACUUCACCAAUCCCCUGGGCAUGAAGGGAGAGAUUGCCGAGGCCUACGCUGAUGUCAUCAAACAGAUUUGGUCUGGAAGGCACUACUCUGUGGUUCCACGUGUCUUCAAGACGAAGGUGGGCCACUUUGCCUCUCAGUUCCUGGGCUACCAGCAGCACGACUCCCAGGAGCUUCUGUCCUUCCUGCUGGAUGGCCUCCACGAGGACCUCAACCGCGUCAAGAACAAGGAGUACAUCGAGCUGAGGGACGCACACGGCAGGCCUGACCAGGAAGUAGCAGAGGAAGCAUGGCGUAACCAUCGGCGACGGAAUGACUCUGUGAUUGUUGACACUUUCCACGGGCUGUUCAAGUCUACGCUGGUUUGUCCUGAAUGCCACAAAGUCUCUGUGACCUUUGAUCCCUUCUGCUACCUAAGUGUCCCCUUGCCAGUCAGCAAGGAGAGGGUGAUGGAGGUGUUCUUCGUCUCGCUAGACCCUGUGGCCAAACCAGUCCAGCAUCGAGUAGUUGUGCCCAAAGGUGGUAAGGUGUUUGACUUGUGCAUCACCCUAUCCCAGACAACUGAUGUGCCAGCCAAUCAGAUGGUUGUGGCUGAUGUGUUCAAUCACCGCUUCUAUAAGAUCUACCAUGCGGAUGAGUCCCUAAGCUGCAUUCUGGACCGGGAUGAUAUAUUUGUGUACGAGCUGAGCAGUGGAGCAGUGGAGGAGGAUGGAGAGGAGGUGGUGCUGGCCGUGUACUUGAGGGAGCGCCCCCACUACCGGGACUACGGCUCAGGCAGCAGCUACGGCACCACGCUGUUUGGCCACCCGCUGCUGAUGGCCGUGCCCCGAGAGCAGUGCACCCGAGACGCCCUGUACUACCUGUUCCUGCAGCGCCUUGCGCGCUACGUUCGCGCCCCUGAUCCCUCCGAGGAGGUAGAGGAAGAGGAGGCCGAUGAUGAAGGUGGGGAUGAGGAAGAUGAGGAGGAAGAGUUGUACAAGACCCAAACCAAUGGAGUGAGCAAUGACACUGGUGAUGAUGGUGAGAAGGCAGGACCUUCAAAGCGAGCUGACGACGGAGAAGCCACUGAAAUACUGACGUCGUCAGCUGGGCAGGGUGACGUACAGAACAACGGCCAAUCAGAGCCCAGCGAAGAGGACGUGGGCAGCGAACCUGAGAGGGGUAGCAGUUCGGAGGAGGGGCAAUCGGCUUGCAGCAGCAGCGGCACUGACACAACCACUCAGUUGGACCUGGGCAACGCAGAGGCCUCUGGGAAGGUGGAGGACAAGGAUGAGGAGGCUGUGGAUCAGGAGGAGGAUGAGGGGAGGAGCGGGGAGCCGACGACAGCUGCUGGAUUGUCAGGGAAACGGCCGGCGGGCAGUGGGAGGAAUGGCCAGGGAAGGAGGAGGAGGAGACCGCUCUUCACCAUCCAGGCGGUGAACUCCAACGGCACCACAGAGAGAGGGCUGGGCGAGGGGGGCAGCGCCUUCUCCUUCAGCUCCCAGCCUUAUGUGGCCAUAGACUGGGACCCAGACAUGAAGAAGAAGUACUACGAUGAGAACGAGGCAGAGAAAUAUGUGAAACACGCCAGCAUGGAGGUGCCCCAUACGCAGACCACAGUGCAGUUGCAGGAGUGCAUCGAGCUCUUCACCACUGUAGAGACCCUGGAGGAGGAGAAUCCCUGGUACUGCCCCGUGUGUAAGAAGCACCAGCUGGCCACCAAGAAGCUUGACCUGUGGUCUCUGCCGGAGGUUCUCAUCAUCCACCUCAAGCGCUUCUCCUACACCAAGUACUCCCGCGAGAAACUCGACACUAUAGUGGACUUCCCCCUACGAGAACUGGACUUCUCUGGCUACCUCUUGCGAAAGACGGGGGCCAAUGGGGAGCCCCCCAUUCGUUAUGACCUGAUGGCUGUGUCUAACCAUUAUGGAGGCCUGAGGGACGGACACUAUACCAGUUAUGCCCGGAACAAAGACAACGGGCAGUGGUAUUACUUUGAUGACAGCAAGGUGACCUAUGCAAGAGAGGAUCAAAUAGUGACCAAUGCUGCCUACGUUCUGUUCUACCAGCGCCAAGACAAGAUCCGCAAACCCACCCUGCCCGCCCCCACAGACGGUUGCGCUGCCUCGGUGAAGCCAGCUAACGAUUUUACUUCCUCUAAUCACGAUGGCCUGGCUAGUGCUGCUUCCUGUGUCAACAUGGAAACUGACUAAAGCUGUUUUUGUCCAUUUUUUUUUUUUUUUUUUUUUCCCUCUCCUGGUUUUGUUUCGUUUGAUCACUUUGUUUUCCUCCCAACCUCUGUUGGGUGUUUCUGGAUGAUUUUUUUUCUUUUUUGUGUUUGUUUCAUUGUUUCAUUGAUCUUUUCCAAAAAAAGAAAACACAAACAAAAACUUGAACCUUCUACCUCUUUUCAAACAUGAAAGCAGAGGAAGGGGCUAAAAUCUCAGGCCGAGGAGGAGAAAGUAAGUGGAGGUGAGGGAGGGAUGGAGAAACCAGGAGAGGAGGUGACCAGGGCGACACGAGGAGAGAACAGUGCGCAGUGGCUUCUCUGCUGAGCCGUGAGGGGACAGGUCUGACGGCUGCAGGCAGGCUCAAAAGUGGAGGGCGAGUUUGUCCGUGUCUCUGCUUUAUUUUCUGUUCCAAACGUCCGUACACUCAGAAUGUUUGGGUUGUUGCCACAGUUGACCUUUUUGUUCCCUUCAUGAUUAUGCUGAAUGUAGCCACUGCAGGUCACCAGGCAUUAGAGUACAACCAGGCUUAUUCCACUGUGUGUCUGUCUCAGAUCUCGCCUCAGAUUAUUACUUUUGUUUUCAGCUGACUUUGCGGAGCAAGUUACAGAAAGGAUUCUCGCAUGAUCUGAAGGGGUGACAUCUCUGACCUGUGGCUGAACAGGAAAGGCUUGUUUUUUUUGUCUGUCAGAGAAGUAUCACAGUUAUCUCAGAAUCAAAUUCUGUUUUUCUCAACCCUUCAUCAUAUCAGGGACUGCAUGACCAGAAAUGGCAGACAAGUUGCAAUACAUGAUCCUGCAAGGCAAGCUGAGACGACAUAUUUGUUGAGGCAUAUUUAUGUACAGACGGAUGGGGUGGAACAGUUUCUCGUGAUAGAUUAUUUAUUGAUCAUUUUAAGAUUAAUUGUGAGGGACACUGAUGGGAUUUUAUGUUUUUCUCCUUUCAUAGCUGUUAUUUUUCCAGACAUUUUCCCAGUGGCAUCAGAGUGCUUUUUAAACAGAUCUUCCACUUGUUCUGUUAGAAAAUAAAUCUCUGUUGCAGGGCACAGAUACAUAUUUCUAAGGAAGAGUUUGUAUUUUUUAUCUUUUACAAUAGACGCAACAACAAAGCAUUUAAAAUAUACACUUUUCUUUUUUUUGCCCCCAACACUUGUGCAAUUUCUAUAUUCCUUUGAGCAAUGAGAAUAUUUCAGCUAAGUGCUUUCUGGAUAGAGCUCUUGAUCUGUUGAUUUUUUUAAAUUGCAUCUGUACAGUAUUUUUGUAUUGUAUCUUUGAUCAUCUGGAUCAGAUGCAGGGGACUGGUGAUCUUUCAUUUUAUUUUGUUUAUAGAUUGAAUAUAUUAUUAUUAUAUUGUAUACGCUUCUUUUGAUAUAAAUAAAUGAUGAUUAAUAGGCUUGAGGGAGAUUUUACACUUUGUCCGUAUGUUCUUCUACCGUCCAGAGAUGGGACUCUCUGGUGUUUUUUUUUUCUUUUGCUGGAAAUCUUGGAUUUAGUUCUAAGUGCCCUGAAUAUGACUAAGAAGAGUGAAGAGUUCGGCCAGGUCCUGCAUACAGUACUGAUCAUUUGUUGUUGUGGUGAUUCUGAGGGGUACCAACUUCACUCUCUCUCUACCUGGGGUGGCAAGCUGGCUAUGGCUCAACAUCCACUUUCUACGAUACGUUAAAACUGUUAUCUCCUACACAUAUAUACUGCUAAGUUUUAAAUGCUUAAAGGUACGUCACACUUAAUUGUUUGGAAGGCUUCAUUUAGCUUAAGUUCGUACGGGAUGUAGACCGUCAAUCAGUGGUUUUGAUAAGUAAUUGCAGAACGACAAAGCUGUAUUCCUUGCAUAGCACAGACUGGAAAACUGCUGUAAAAUUAGAGAGGACUUCUGCGGUUGUCACUUUGCUUUUGCCUUCACAUGAACUGUGGUGGUGCCACCACUACCUCCCACUUAAAGUAUUAGGAUAUUUUAAAUGUAGAGAGCACUGACUAUAAGGAUAUUCUGGUGCACAUUUGUCUGCAUCACAUGGAGCUGUGUUAUAGAUGUUGUUUUAUACCCUUUAACAGCCAACAGAUUUAUUUUUUUAUGCUGUAAAACUCAGUGUUCACUGCUGUGUAAUCAAAGAGACUUCAACUGAAUUCUUGACUUGCUUGUCUUCCAUUUGUACUUGGGGAAGGAUGGAGCAGUCCCUGCUCAAGGGUAGUUGUAUAAUAAUUUUAGUGAUAAUGCCAGCAGAAGUUUUGCAUUUUGAUGAUUUAUUCAGGGGACACUUUUUUUUCACUAAAACUUCUUCAUGGGUAGAUUCUCUUGUUUCAUUUCAUGGACUACUUUAUUAUGUUUAGUGCAGUAUGACUGCCUUUUAAUGGGCAAAUAAAUAUGAUUAGUUUAAGCAGUAUAAAUUCAUAGUUAUAAAACUUAAAAGAUGAUAGAGGCUAAAGACAGCUAGCUCUAACCUACCACAAAAUGUAUUGGAGAAUAUCUCAGGUUUAGGCAUUUUGAGUUGCUCCUAUUUUAAAAUGACUUCUUUCUUUGAAAAGGUUUUGUCCUUUAAUUAAAAGAGAAAUGUAUUUACAUGUGUUAAAUUGCAGUUAAUUCAUCUGUUGGUCUGGACUGCAGAAAAAAAUCAAGAGGAUCAUUCAAUUAUUCAAUAACUCAACAAGUAACCCUGAAAUAAUGGAUUUUUUUUCCCAGUGUGCACAGUUCAUAACCACUUUUUUCUUGUUUUCUACGGGUGAGGUGCACAAAUGUGCAUUGUUAUUUACUUUCCACAAGACAAUAUAACUGCAUUGCAACGUUAAUAUUUUUUUUGUGUAAUGGGUAGCCAUUACACUUCAUACUGUACAAAAUCAAUGAAGUGUAAAUAAAAAUGCUAUUUAAAA